AUGGGAGGCGCAAAGGGGGAAUCUGGUGAAUGCUGUAUGCAAGAGUCAGCCGCCACAGCAGACGUCAACUCGUUCGCAGUCACAACCGACGCGUUCGUCGAGUUCGGCAGUUUCAAUCACUUUAAUAUUUCCGACUGUUAUUCCAACUUCUUCGGUAACAUCUUCCGAAACGACGACAUCCACGGCCAGGAUAUCAACGACCGCCCCAACGGCUACGUCGACGACCGCAUCAACCCCUACAUCGACGACCGCGUCAACGACUACAUCCACAACACAAAUCACAAUCAGCUUAACGGUGCCUCCUUCAAGCUCGAUACUACGUCGCGCAGCACCACUACCUUUGCGGCUAAGACGGCAAAGCCGACUCGAGAUCCGGAACUGGGUGCAGGAGAUCCGUUUGCCAACGUCCCCAACACUUCGUUCCUGUCCUGCGGCCACCGGCCCCCGACUCUCACCAUGGCCUGGUCACACCUCGACAUCACCAAGCCGCACUUGGUCUACAUCAUCCUCGGCGGCUUCACCUCCCUCUUCAUGCUCUGCUCCUCCUUCAUCAAGGAGCGCAUGUACAUUGGCGAGGCCACCGUCGCUACUCUCUGUGGUGUCAUCUUCGGGCCCCAUGCCGCCAACCUCAUCAACCCCAACGAAUGGGGCUCCGUCGACAUCGUCACCGUCGAAUUCUCCCGUAUUGUCCUCGUCGUCCAGUGCUUCGCCGUCGGUGUUGAGCUGCCCAAGUACUAUAUGGAACGUCACUGGAAAUCCGUCAUCUUCCUCCUCAUCCCCGUCAUGACGGCCGGCUGGCUCAUCACCUCUCUCGUCAUCUGGUGGAUGGUGCCCGCCCUCUCCUGGCUCGACUCCCUCGUUGUCGCCGCCUGCGUCACCGCCACCGAUCCCGUCCUUGCUUCCUCCGUCGUUGGUAAGGGUAAGUUCGCCAAGCGCGUUCCCAAGCAUCUUAGGGAUCUCCUCUCCGCAGAGUCUGGCUGCAAUGACGGCAUGGCCUUUCCCUUCAUCUACCUGUCUCUCUACUUGAUCCAAUACCACCGCGACGCCGGCGAGGUCAGCUUCCACUUCAUUGUCUACGUCGUCCUCUACGAAUGCAUCUUUGGUGCCAUAUACGGCUUUAUGAUAGGCUACAUUGCUCGCCAUGGCAUCCGCAUCGCCGAAAAGUACGACCUCAUUGACCGCGAGAGUUUCCUCGUCUUCUACUUUGUCGUCGCUCUCUUUUGCGCCGGCUCGGGUAGUAUCCUCGGUGUCGACGACCUGCUCGUUGGCUUCGCCGCUGGCGUCGGCUUCUCCAACGACGGCUGGUUCGGCGAAAAGACGGAAGAGUCCCAUGUAUCCAACGUCAUCGACCUGCUCAUCAACCUGGCCUACUUUGUCUACUUUGGCACCAUCAUCCCCUGGGAGCAGUACAACUCUGGCUAUUUUGGCGUCGUCGCCUGGCGCCUCGUCGUCAUCGCCAUCUUCGUCCUCCUCUUCCGCCGCAUCCCCAUCAUGUUGGCUCUGAAACCGUUUAUACCCGACGUUCGAAAUUGGCGCGAAGCACUCUUUGCCGGCCAUUUCGGCCCCAUAGGCGUCGGUGCCAUCUUUGUCGCCAUUCUCGCCCGCGCCGAGCUCGAACACGGAGAGCCCGUCCCCCUGUCCGAACUGCCAGAUUCCGGUGUGGAAAAUUAUGCAUUGAUCUACCUGGUCUGGCCGAUUGUCACCUUCCUCGUCAUUUCCUCCAUUCUGGUCCACGGCUCUUCCAUCGCCGUUUUUACCCUCGGCAAGCGGAUCAAUACACUCUCACUGACCAUGUCGUAUACCACCGCCCCAGAAGAGGGUCCUUCUUGGAUGAACCGUUUGCCUCGAAUCUCGUCGCAGUCUCGCUCCCAGGCCAAGACCAUGUCUGAGGCCUCGUUCGAUCUCAAGGAUCCCCAAUACCCUGCUGGCACUCUUGCCCCUACCGGAGGCUUUCUCCGUCGCCAGAGGGAAGAGGACCACAGCCGACCCGGCAGCCGUACCGCCUCCCUCGUCUCCCGCAAGCGCAAGCACAAGAAGUGGGACGACGGCAUUGGUCCCGGCGGUCCCGUGUCCCAAUCCGCUAUUUUCCCUAACCGCCAGUCCAUGUCCCCCACGGACGAGCAGGCAAAUACCAGCCAGCCCACCACCGACUCGACCCUCACUGACAACAGUAAGGAGAAGCCGGAGCAGCCGGAGCAGCUCCACGAUCAACGCCAACACCCCAAUGACGAUGACGAGAGUCCCACCUCGCCUCACCGCGUCAACAUUUACGAAGAAGGUCAUCACCUCGUCUUUGAGGAUCAGCAGGGCGAAGUCAUUGAUACGGUCGACCUCGAUGCCGUUCCGAGCCCAGAAGAGGAGUCUCAGGAACCGGGCACCGCUGCACAGCCUGGAGAUGGAAAUUGGACCAUUGCUGCCUGGCGCCGUCGCAUCAACAACAUGUACAGCCAAGAGGUUGAGAAGCGCAAGGAUAGGUCCAAGCAAACUCGCACCCACGAACCGGCCCACGCGUACCAGUUCGGUAAUCAAAUUAUCGUUGAAGAUGCAGACGGCGAAGUCGUCAAGACGUACCAGCUGCCGUCAUCCAAAUCCGGUCAGGACUCUAGUGCUGUCCUAGGCUCGAGCCUUAAGUAUCUCGGCCUUGGCGCCUUGGCACGCCAGAACGAAAAGGACACACAAGCAGCUGCUGAGGAAGCCCGUACCGACGACGACGACGAAGCCACGCCGUCCAAGUCGAGAUGGACCGCCGUCCGCCGCAUGACGGGCACCGCGCCCAGCGAAACACAGGAAAACGACGACGACCGCAACGUUCGCUUCACAAUUCGCGGCGUCGGUCAACGUAUGAACAAAGAAGACUUCAUCAAGGAGGUGCAAAAGCUCGAUGCCCACACGCGCAAAGAGGUCGCAGAGCAGUCUACGGCGUCGCGGCCUAUCAAGGAGGUUGCUAAGCGCAACCCCAGCUAUGUGCCGCCUACCGCCAGCCGCCCCGUCCCACGCAUCAUUGAGACGCGCGCCGAAAGUAGCGAACGUGGAAAGCGCUCCGACGAGUCAAGCGCCCGCGGCCGCGCUGCUGUUAAAGAGACGCCGCCCUCGCCGCCUCUGGAAGAAUCGCACGAGACCCCUGUCGAGAGACGCCGCCGUCUCGCCGUCCUCAGUCAGCAAAGUGAGCGAAGCGACGAUCCGGCUGCCCGAGGUGAUGCGGGCGAGACACCGGCCGAGCGUCGUCGUCGCGAAGCUGCCCUUGGUAUGGGCGACGACGGCGAUGGCGACAGCGACUCGGAAGAUGAGGGUGGCGAGCGGGUGCCGCCUACGCGUCGCGGUAUUCGCUUUGCCGAGCCAAGCAGACGCUGA